AUGAUAAUUAUUCGUCGACAUACACAAUAUUUUCUUCAUGAAAUUCGUCGCACAUUAAUAGCCGAACGUAUUCCUCAAUAUAAAGAACGUUCAGCUUUACUUCCUGGUGGUUUAAAUACUCCAUUUCCAAUUGUUGUUGAACCAGACAUUGAUCUAGAAUUAUUAUUUAAAAGUCAUGAACAAUUACAAGAAAAUCUUGAACGGCGACAUUGGAUUGUUGAUGUUAAAAAAGUCGAACAUGAUUAUCAUCUAUGGAAAAAAUUAAAUAGACAAAUAGCUGAAGCAACAGCACGACGAUCGCAACUCGAAGAAUUACAUCAAUGGGGCGAACAAUUGUAUGCUUUGAAUGCAAAAUUUCUUGUAGCUUGUUUACGUUUACCAGCACCAUUACAUGGAGCUGUACCUGAGACAAGUGGAAGAAAAUUAUUAUACGAAUAUGGCAGUCAAAGAAAAUCAAGUUUAACCAUGAGAUCAUGGCGAGAUUUAGCCGAAGUAACAUCACUUGAUGCUGCACCAUUUUCAUCAUUUGCAUUUGGUGAAUUUGCUCAAUUAGAAUAUACUUUACUAAAUUAUUUCAACAAAAGUCUCGAUGCAUAUAAUAUGCAGCUUUGUUCAGCUGUUAAUGUUGUUAAAUCAUUUGUAAUUGAAGCAUUUGGUUAUCAUUUUUCCGAUAUUAAAAAUGUGUUUAAUAUUGUUGCCGAACAUGAUGAUGAUGAAAAUAGUGUUGAACUUUUACAUCUAUUCGGAACGUCAACACCACUUGGUAUAGUAUCUCCUUUUAUACGGACAAAUUUUACAAGAGAUGCCUUACCUUAUUAUGUAUACUCAAUUGGACGAAAUUAUAAUCCACACUCAGGACAAUCAUCAUGCAUUGAACUACUAGCGUUCUCAAAUGAGCAUUCUCAACAUUUACUCGUUGAUGAUCAUCAAAAAGCUGGUGAUGAACGAGCAAAAGCUUUUGAAGAUAUUCUCAAAAAAUCUAUCACCAACUGUGUAAACAUCACCCAUCCAAAAGAUAUCAAUUUAAUGUCGAAUUCUGUUGAUUUUAUUUAUAUUCAAUUGGCUACAAUUAUAACUAGUUUCUAUCAACGUUUAAAUUUGCCAUUACGUGUAUGUCUUUCACCCUCAUAUGAACUUUUAUCGUAUGAAUCAUUACGCUUAACCAUCGAAGUUUAUCUUCCAUCACAAAUAGAUUAUGUACGCGUUGGAUCUGUGUCAUUGAUUGACGAUUAUCUUUCUCGAAGACUCAUGAUUAAACAUAACUCGGACAAAAAAAGUUACGUGGCUAUGGUACAUGCCCGUGUUGCUGACGUAUCACAAUUAGCAAAAUGUGUUUUAGAAGCGUCACAAACAAUCGGCAGAGGCAUUAAAUUACCAUCAGUAUUGUCCAUGCGCUAA